AUGGAGUCCUCCUGUCCUCAGUCCUCCUGUCCUCAGUCCUCCUGUCUGCAGUCCUCCUGUCCUCAGUCCUCCUGUCCUCAGUCCUCCUGUCUUCAGUCCUCCUGUCUUCAGUCCUCCUGUCUUCAGUCCUCCUGUCUUCAGUCCUCCUGUCCUCAGUCCUCCUGUCUUCAGUCCUCCUGUCUGCAGUCCUCCUGUCCUCAGUCCUCCUGUCCUCAGUCCUCCUGUCUGCAGUCCUCCUGUCCUCAGUCCUCCUGUCUUCAGUCCUCCUGUCCUCAGUCCUCCUGUCUUCAGUCCUCCUGUCUGCAGUCCUCCUGUCCUCAGUCCUCCUGUCCUCAGUCCUCCUGUCUGCAGUCCUCCUGUCCUCAGUCCUCCUGUCUUCAGUCCUCCUGUCUUCAGUCCUCCUGUCUUCAGUCCUCCUGUCUUCAGACCUCCUGUCCUCAGUCCUCCUGUCUGCAGACCUCCUGUCUGCAGUCCUCCUGUCUUCAGUCCUCCUGUCUUCAGUCCUCCUGUCUUCAGUCCUCCUGUCUGCAGACCUCCUGUCUUCAGUCCUCCUGUCUUCAGACCUCCUGUCUUCAGUCCUCCUGUCUUCAGUCCUCCUGUCUUCAGUCCUCCUGUCCUCAGUCCUCCUGUCCUCAGUCCUCCUGUCUUCAGUCCUCCUGUCUUCAGACCUCCUGUCUUCAGUCCUCCUGUCUUCAGUCCUCCUGUCUUCAGUCCUCCUGUCCUCAGUCCUCCUGUCUUCAGACCUCCUGUCUUCAGUCCUCCUGUCUUCAGUCCUCCUGUCCUCAGUCCUCCUGUCCUCAGUCCUCCUGUCUUCAGUCCUCCUGUCUGCAGUCCUCCUGUCUUCAGUCCUCCUGUCUUCAGUCCUCCUGUCUUCAGACCUCCUGUCCUCAGUCCUCCUGUCCUCAGUCCUCCUGUCUGCAGUCCUCCUGUCCUCAGUCCUCCUGUCCUCAGUCCUCCUGUCUUCAGUCCUCCUGUCUUCAGACCUCCUGUCUUCAGUCCUCCUGUCUUCAGUCCUCCUGUCCUCAGUCCUCCUGUCCUCAGUCCUCCUGUCCUCAGUCCUCCUGUCUGCAGUCCUCCUGUCUGCAGACCUCCUGUCUGCAGUCCUCCUGUCUUCAGUCCUCCUGUCUGCAGUCCUCCUGUCUUCAGUCCUCCUGUCUUCAGUCCUCCUGUCUGCAGACCUCCUGUCCUCAGUCCUCCUGUCCUCAGUCCUCCUGUCUGCAGUCCUCCUGUCUGCAGACCUCCUGUCUGCAGUCCUCCUGUCUUCAGUCCUCCUGUCUGCAGUCCUCCUGUCUUCAGUCCUCCUGUCUUCAGUCCUCCUGUCUUCAGACCUCCUGUCUUCAGUCCUCCUGUCCUCAGUCCUCCUGUCUUCAGUCCUCCUGUCCUCAGUCCUCCUGUCUUCAGUCCUCCUGUCCUCAGUCCUCCUGUCCUCAGACCUCCUGUCCUCUCAGACGUUCUCCUCCGUCUCCUGGUCUCCUUUGGAGGUUUGGAGCCGAUCCGAUCCUUUCUGUGUCACUGUUUUCCCAGCAGCUCACUUUCUCCUCUUGUUCUUUGGGGAGUUUGUGCGCCUCCUCCUUUUCCUCCCCCUCUGUACAUCUGAGCGCUCACUCACUCCUCCUCUUCCUCCUCCUCCUCCUCCUCUCGCUCUGUCGCUGCAGACCAGCUGUGCUGGGGCCUCUUUAUUUUUGUUCUCGGUCUCCAUGGAGACGAAACCCGGGCGGGGGGGGGGGGGGGUGUCUGUAUGUUGUCCCGCCAGCUGACCUGAAUGUCCUUUUAGAGCUAGUACCUUUAACUGUUUCAUUACCCACAAUGCCUUUCUGCACAGACUUUGAGAGCUGCAGGACCGUCUGACAGACAGAGCAGGUCUGCAGCUCCAGAACCGGCCCACAGUCGGGACACUUCAGGGAAAACCCGAGUCCGGACGGUUUUAGCGGAGAUGCCGUUUAAGGUUCCUCACGGGGAAGAGUCCAGAAUGUCGGAGGGCUGGCCCAGAGUCCAGGUCCUUCCAGGAAAGGCGUGGACCUGAAGCCAAACCAAACACAGACGCCACAUUCAGGCCCGUUUCUGGGAGCAGCAGUUUGGAUUCCAGCCAAGAAAAGUCGACAAAAACAGGAUUUGAUUCUGGA